CAUUCCAAUUUUCCACGUGUUUGCUACACUUCGCUGUUUAUUAAUUUUGCUCUUAAUUUAAACAAUUAAUUAGUAAUAAUAAUGGUAGUAUUCACUUGUAAUAAUUGUGGCGACAGCCUUCAGAAACCCAAAGUGGACAAACACUAUCAAACUGUGUGCAGAAGUAUGAAAAACUUGACAUGUGUUGAUUGUUUCAAAGAUUUCAGAGGAGAAGAGUAUGUAGCCCACAUAAAAUGCAUAACAGAAGAAGAACGUUAUGCAGCAAAAGGCAGCAUGCCAAAUGGAGUUGUGAAGAAAGGCGAAGUUAAGCAGCAAACAUGGACUGACAUGAUUAGGAGCAUCAUUGAAAAAGAGGUCAAUCUGAGUGUUGGUCUCAGGAAUAUGCUCAACAUUGUUGGUGGCUAUGUGAAUGUUCCAAGGAAGAAAGUUAAAUUCAUUAACUUUAUUACAAACAGUUUUGGACGAAAUUAUAGAAGAGAAGAUAUUGAAACUAUUUGGGACUUGAUUGAAAAGCACAAAACUGAACAAUAUCCAUCCAAGAAAGAAGAAACAAAGGUUGAAACUAACAUGGAAAAAGAAAAUGAUGAAUCAACAAAAACUGCAACUAGUCCUGAAAAGGAAAAUGGUGAUUCAACAAAAUCAACCAAACGAAAAGCCGAAUCAAAUAAUAAUAAAGAAACAGAAAAUGAUCAAGCACCGACUAAAAAAGCGAAAAAAUCGAAGAAAAACGUUGAAAAUGCUGAAACAAACAAUAAUAAAGAGAAUGGUGUAAAUGGAAAUAACGAGAAUACAACAGAAGUUAAAAAGAAGAAAAAAUCAAAGAAAAAUAGCGAGAAUACCGAGUCAAAUAAUGUUAAAGAAAAUGGUGUCAAUGGAAAAGACGAAAAUACAACAGAAAUAACUAAAUUUUCCUAUGAAAAUCAAAUCUUAGAAAUCCUCAACUCCAAAAAACAAAUAACACUAAAGAAGUUACAGAAGAAAGUCCUCAGUGCAUACACCACUCAUCAUGGCCUGGAAGAACACACCGAAAAACAAGUGAAGAAAUUCAAUCAAAAACUCAAAAAGAUGCCAAACGUCGAAAUUAAAGACGAUUUAGUAACAUUAACAUAACAAAAACAUUAUGUUAAACUAAUAUCAUAAAAUAAACAAUACCAUAACUA